AUGAUUCAAAUAGAAAAAUGUGGCUGUGCAGAGGGUCGAUUUCCGAUCGACGAUCGCUAUAUCUGUAACACCAUCAAGAAACCCGACGCAGGACAUUGCUUGGACGACUUAAUUGCAAAGUUUGAUGCGGAAGGUUUAGGCUGCGACCCAAACUGCCCUGUUCCUUGCAGUGAGGUUGUUUACAAGACUACCAUGUCGUUGGCAGAGUGGCCUUCUGAAGGAUAUCAGGAAACGCUAUUCAAACGUGUUCUAAAAAGACAAAAUCCAGCGUAUGAACAGCAAAAGGCUAAUGGUUCUGAAUCAUUGCAGUAAGUACAAAUUUUGCCAUAGGAAAGAAAUAACAUAGACUUU